AUGAAUCGGGAAGAUCACUACUACCCCUCGCAGGUUUUUAAAGACUCCUGCGUCUACCAGAGACAGCAGGGCGAGGACUACAGCCACAGCCCGCCGCCCUGCCUCUACAUGAGCAGGCAGGUCCACUCCAUCUACACGCAGCCGGCCAUGGGGGCCCUGGAGCAGGCCGGGCUCUCUGACAUCGCCUCCUCCUACAACCUGCCCGGCCUGCGAGAGGACCCGGGGGUGCCACAGCUCCACCACCCGCAGGGGCUCCAGCAGCAGACCCUCCAGCCCGCCGCAGGAUAUGGAGACGCGGUGGAGCAGAGCAGAUAUCACCUCCCUUUCCCCUGGAUGAAAACUACAAAAUCCCACUCACACACCUGGAAGGGACAGUGGGCAGGUGCGUACGUGAUGGCUGAGACUGAGGAGAACAAGCGCACCAGGACCGCCUACACGCGCGCUCAGCUGCUGGAGCUGGAGAAGGAGUUCCUGUUCAACCGCUACAUCUCCAGGCCGCGGCGCGUGGAGCUGGCGCUGACGCUCGGCCUCACCGAGCGUCACAUCAAGAUCUGGUUCCAGAACCGGCGCAUGAAGUGGAAGAAGGAGGAGGACCGCAGGAAGGUCAGGGUCGCGGACCCGGACCAGGACUCCUCCAUCACCUCCGGAGACCAGGGGGAGGCCGCGGGAGGCGUCUCCUCCACAAACGGACCUCACGCCGCCUCGCCACCCGUCUCCCCGCUGCGCGUGCACUCUCUGUCCGCUGCUGGGUCCCGAGAGACCGCGUAG